CGUUACUCAUCAAUCAGUGAUUCAGAACCAGCAGCCCCAGUUCCAUCAGCAGCAGCCACAGCUUCCUUCACAACAGCAACAACAACAACAGCAGAAAGCAGUUGAUCCACACCGGUCAGUAAUCCAGCAGCCGGUUGCAGCAGCUGCUGCUGGAUCUUCCUUGAAUGCGCUUCCGGAAUCGAUCGUUUACAACAUCAGCAGCAGCAACAGUUGGUAAAUCACGUUGCCCAACAACAGCCUCAACAGCAACAGGCAAUAUACCAUCAACAGCAAGCUGUUACACAGCAGCAACAACCGCACCAGAAUGUGAUAAACAUGAACAACAUCUCAAACAGUGCCUCCCCGACAGUCCAGCACCAGCAGCAGAUCACGACGAACCACGUUCAGUCGCCUCAACAGCAACGUACACCUUCGGCAGCGUCGAAGCAACAAUCUCACCCGGCUGUCAACGAUCAAUCUCAGUUGAAGAAUGGAAGCACACCUACCCUGCAGAACCAUCAGCCGUAUCCGCGGUCGCAGUUCCCAACCCAGCAAACGCCACAACCACAGCAACACAGCAUCAAUCACAUCAUCAAAACCCCAGAAGCUACUCCACGGAACAGCGAAUACCUUCAACAGCAGCAAAGCAAAAAUCUGGACGCUCGGGGACGUCCUUCACCGGCCCAGGGCACAACGGCUCCGGAAACCGAUCCCACUCAAACAAUCUACGGAAGCAACAGAGCACCAACAAGCACAGGCACCCCGUCCACCGGGUGGCGUCCCUCCGGGUGGUACACCAACAAGUACACCGCCAGGACCCCGGCCAAUAUCCGUUGCAGGGGCAUUGCAACGGGCAGGGAUGAAUGCCGCACCGAAACCGAUUCUCACAACACCGGUAACGUCAAUCGCUGUUUCAGGAGCCCUGAUGAAGACGCCAACAACCACCACAACAGCCCCAACGACGCCAUCAAAUUCCAGUCAACAGCAAACGCCACAGCCGCAAACACCCCAACAGCCGCCAACCCCCAAUAA